AUGUCAUUAUGUCCCGCCGUCGCCAACGGCGACGUCGAACUAGUCCGCGUUCUGCUCGCCCGCGGCGCGGACCCAAACGAGCUAGGCUCCUACAUGGGCCAAUGUGCGAUCGAAUGGGCCAUGCACAUGCUAAAAAAAAUGACACGUUCGAAGGACUACGACGCUGUACGAAAUAUCUUCGCUUGCGUCGAACUUUGUCUCGACGCCGGCGCCCUCCCCGACGGUCCCCCGACUGACUCUCGGAAUAAUCCUCCAUUAACCCCCCUUGGUUCAGCGGUGGACCAGUGCCGGCCCGAGUUUGUGCGGCUACUUCUCUCGGCCAGAGCGGACCCGAACGUGCCGGCGAAUCCCAAUGGAUUCCGAACCACGAUACUGCACCACGCAGUAUUGCGGGGGCACCGAGCGCCGGAGUACAACGAAAUUGUUCGACUGCUACUGGCGGCCGGCGCUGAUCACGCGUCCCAGAACAACCCACCUUUGAAUGAAACUCCGUUUAGGAUUGCGGUCUGCCACGGGUAUCACCGCCUGUGGCCCCUAUUCCUCCAAGCCGGGGCUGAGAUUCCGAACUCCUGGAAGAGAAUGCAGGCUUACAACGAGGAGCAAGGAGACACCCUGGUGGCGCAGCGCUACGAGUAUCUGCGCAUGAUUGAGGCGGCCGGCGGCUUCAAGGCCUACGAAAAGGCACACACGCGGGCACUCGCAUCGAUGCUCGCGACGAAUUUCACGGCGCACAUCCCCGAGGAAAUAUUCCCGCGCGUCGUCGCCUUCUGGGCCCACACUGGCUUCUACGUUUCCGCGGCCGCCGUCGCCGCGCUCCCGCGGGCCGCGGAGACCAAUCCCAACUAG